CAGCAAACAUCAGUGAGAAGAGAAGCUUGAAGAACAAAGCAAAGCAGUUAUCCUGUGGAGGGAGAGACUGAACGUCUCGAGCAUUGAAAAUGUUUCUUCUCAUCUGGUCGGCUCUGUUUGUCUCUGUAAAAGGAAGCAUUGCUGACACGGGUGCCUCAGCCUGGGCACAACAACACUGUUACGACAAAGGAUACUGUAUUAAUCUCACUGGGCGGGAACUAACAGCAGAAGCUGGACUCUGUGUUGUGAUCCCGUGUUCUUUCACUACUGCUGAUGAGUUUACACCCAAACAUAUAGUUUGGUACAAAUGUGAAGCAUCUCAAAAAUUUUGCAGUGAUGCUGACAUAAUAUUUCACAGCAACAAAAACACAGACAAAAAAGCUCAGUCUGGGUUUGAAGGACGAGUCUCACGUUUGGAGCCUGAUGUGAGUCAGAACAACUGCAGCAUCAUCAUUAAUGAUCUGAAAGAGUCUGAUUUUGGAUCAUAUCAGUUCAGAGUUACUGGUGAACUGAAUGGACAACAAGGUGGAUUCACAUUCAUUCCAAGAGUAACUGUCUCUGUUAAAGUUCUUAAUCAGAAGCCCACAGUAAUGAUUCCCACACUGACUGAGGGACAGCAGGCCACACUGACCUGCACUGCUCCUGGUCUCUGCUCUGGAUCUGUUCCUGAAAUCACCUGGACAUGGAGAGGAGCAGGAGGGACUGAAUCUUACAUUACAGGAAACAGCGUGGAUUUUAAGACUGAGAAUCUGACUGAUGCAACACAGAGACACAUCUCAACUUUAACCUUUAAUCCUUCAGCUGAACAACACAACACCACUGUUACCUGUAAAAUCCACUUCACAUGUGAAACAACUACAGAGGAGGCUUCAACUUUGAAAGUAAACUAUAUGAAGGAAGUUGAAGUCACUGGGGUGACAAGUGUGAGGGAGGGAAAUGUUCUGAAUCUGACCUGCAGUGUUGAAAGUUUCCCGCCAGCUCGUAUUGUGUGGAAAAAAGUUCCUCCCAACACAAACCUUCAGACUGAAAACACUGACCUGCACAAUGAUACUGGAUCUGCUACACUUGUCAGCCCGAAUGUGACAGCAGAAAAUUCUGGGCAGUACAUCUGUAUGGCAAAACAUCUGGACAAAACACUGACUUCCUAUGUCAAUGUGACUCUGACAUCAGCUCGUGUGAAACACUGUGGUUCUUACAGUGCAGUUCUUCCCUGGAUUGUUGCUGGUGUAUCUCUCACUUUGAAUGUCUUCUGCAUAACCUACAUAUGGUUCCUUUGGACUUCAAGAAAAAAGGGGAACCUACAUCAGGAGGAGAGAACCGACAUGUCACUGCAAAAAGCAGAUGUGUCACCAGAUUAUGAUGUUAUUGCACACCAUAUAAACUAAAAAGUCAGGUUUCAGAUAGCUGUGUGAUUGUAAUGGCAGCCUGUAGUCAAUACUUUGGUGAUGUACUUAAUUUAGUUUCA